CAAAGUACCAAAAUAAUCUCAACAUGUAAUUUUACAUAUUCUUUGAAACAUUUAUUUUGAGACCAAAGAAAAUACAAUAAAAUACGGAGUAAUGGUAAAUAAAUUGUGGGCUCCAUGUGUUGGGCAAAACUGAAAACCCUCGCCCUUGUCCAAAACCCUUUCUUCUUCUUUUCUUCUCUAAAAUUCUUUUUUGAGGCCCGUUUCAUUUCACUUGUAACUCAUCCACACACCGGCCGGCUCGUCGGCGAAAUGGCUAAACUUCGGACGGCGGUCGACGCGGCGUUCUGGGAUCUGAACGUCUCCACUUCUCGAACCCUAGACGGCACGGCCCGGGCCAUUCCCGGCGAGCCAAUGCCGAUGAACGGCGGUAGAGCCACUCAAGCUCUCCGAAUACAGCAGCUCUCCCUCAUCGGGAAUGGGUUCCCUCUUGGUCUCGUCCCGUCUUUCUCUCCUCCGUCUAAAAGGGAAUUGGGCUCUUUUGCUCUCCAGUCUCUCUUUCUCCGAGCUGCCACUUCCAAAUGGUGGGUUGGAUUAGUGGGACAAAUUCGACCAAAAAAGCUGAUUUCUAAACUCAAAGCAGAAAUAGAUGUCAUCAAAGAAGAAAUAGGUCCCACGAUCGAGUGGGAGGAUUUAGAACUGUCAACAUUCAAAGAUCUGCCCAAGUGUUUUUUAGACAAAUCAUUUUAUUCGCUCGGUGUGUGCUCACAACUCGCCCUUACAAAAUCAUCUUCCAUAUUAUUAAGCACGGAGGGGUCGGGUGAAAAGGAGGGGCAACGCAUGAAGGCAAUCUUCGCGCAUAAGCUGCCUGAACAUGAUAUUACAUUGGAAGCUGCAUGGCCUGAGCGAUUCAUAGAUCACAAAGGCAGAUAUUGGGACGUUCCAGAGUCAAUAUCGUUGGACUGCUCCUCACUCAUUUCAUUAUCCGGAUUGCGGUAUCGGUUCGGUAUACACAAAAACAAUGGUCAACCCAUUCCGGUUGAUAACACCAAUGAUUCUCCAUCUCCUGCCCUGAUGCCAGGGGUUUGUGCAAAAGCUGCAUUUUCUUAUGAGAAGCAAAAGGAUAUAUGGAGAGAUAAAGAGAAAGAUAUGGAUUUGUUUAUAGCGAGAGAUGAGAAAGUAUAUUUCAGGCCUGCUUAUGAUGUUCGUCUUAAGGAGCCUCAUGCAACACUAUCUGGAAUUAUUGGUGGAAACUGCGCUACAUGGGUUGGCGGCAGAAAUAACACUCAUUUAGGAAGGAGCACCUUCAGUGCUGACUUGUUUGGCUCUGCCUCCUACACUUUCCAGCAUGGAAAAUUUAGAAAGUUGUUUAACGACCUCAGCAGAGUAGACGCUCGCUUGGACAUCCCUUCAGCAGCAACAUUAGCCAAAGGGGUUUCAAAACUUUUCAGGAGUGCUAACAAUGAUAAUUGUGCAAGGGAUAUGUUGUCUUCCCCCAGGCUUAAUCUUAUCUUACAGCAGCAGGUUGCUGGACCAAUUGUGUUCCGAGUGGAUUCUAGGUUUUGCAUUAUACCUUCUCCAAGAUUGGAAGAUUAUGUGCUUAGUGUGAACUACUCGCUUAGAGUACUGAAUUCAGGGAAAGUGGUGGCGUGGUAUUCUCCCAGGAGGAAAGAGGCCAUGGUCGAAUUGCGGGUUUUCGAGUUUUGAAAUCCAAUUGUAUUUUAGUGACAACCCAUUUUUCCCAAGGUUACUUUGGGUUGUGUUAUUUCAUGUACACAAAUCUCUAGUAUUGCCAGUGACUUGCACAUGGCUUGCUUUAAUAUGAAUGAGUGAAUGAAUGAAUCUUUAAACAUAUU